GGUAGAACUGGCGCGCAGGCCGGAGGCGGUAUGAUGCGAGGGGGUGGUCGCGUUCCGCCAAGCGCGGGUUACGGCGGCGUGCGAAGCGGCGCGGGAUAUGGCACGGCGCCAGUGGAUUACGGCUACGGGGCGUAUGAUCCGUAUGCUGGUUACGAUGAAACGUAUGGAUAUGGCGCUCCCGGAGCUGGUUACGGUGGUUACGGUACCGCCUAUGACUCCUAUGGGUACGGAUCGGGCGCAGACGCGUACAGCUACGGAUACGGUAACGCGUCGCAGAUGCGAGGUGGCAGCGGCGGACGUGGCGGAGGGCGCGGCGGCGGUUUUGUGAAACACUAG